AUGCGCCCACGGCCUGCGUCCUCCUUGCAGAAGACGUACGACGAGUGUUAUCUCGCGUGCUCCACUGCCGUGUACUUUGAGGGCCAGAACAACGAAGAGGAAGCAUUGCGGUCCUGGAGAUCUGCCCUUGAGACUAUCUACCAUCACAAUGCCCGUCGUGUACCGUCGAACUAUACCCCGAAAUCUGAAACCGAGAGAGCCCUGCAGGACUCCAUCCGGGCGCUAGAGGUUCAAUGCCGAGAACGGGUCGAUCUACUAGGCGCCCUCCAAGCAAGCAGGAAAGAAUCCGCAGAGGCAAAUGGAAGCAAGGCAAAUGGCAGCAAAGAGAGCGCAACACUCGUCAAGGGCGUCAAGGGCGUCAAGGGCAAGUCAAUCCCCAGCAUACCGCCGCCAUCGUCUUCCAACACUCCUGGCUGGAUCGGAGAUGGGACAAUCCCUGCCGUGGGGUAUACAGACCUCUCCAAACCGGCCGCCAUACCCGGUCGACCUAUGCUUCCGACGAAACAAAGCUAUGACUCGCCGCCAAUUUACGACGAUCCUGGUCCAGUGACCUUGUCAGCGGGUGGAGCGCCUGCAUUGCGUGUGCACUCGAACUCUUCGGGCAAAACGAGAUCGCGUGGCUCUAGCCCCGAGCGCCGGAAACCUAUGUUGACAACCCUGCGCAGUAGCGAUGGCAAGAAGAGUGUCAAGAAAGUCAAGGUUGCAUCAAAGAAAAAGGAUUCGAGACCUGCUGCCUCCACGGCUGCGGGACUAGCAUGGGGUAGCAUCUACCGUUCUGCAUCGGGCGAGAAACCUGUGAGCGAUGCGGCCCUGGCUUCAUCCAGGCAAAGCGCCGCCCAUGAUCCCAGUUUCCGCCGAGAGGCAGGACCAAGAUCUAGUACUGGGGACGAGCGUCCGCAGCCGAGAAUUCGUGUUUCCCGUGACCAUCUAUCCGAGGACCGAAUUCCUGCUGCCCAUUGGCGAGAGCCUCCUCGUUCAUCUCCGAAGAGAUCCUCGCCCAGACCGUCUACUCAAUCGCCUAGUCCGCUACCGCCGCGGGGGCCUCGACCUCGACCUCCACCUGAAAGCCCUAAAAUACAACAUCCUCCUCAUUCAAUGUCUAUGCCGAAUCCGGCAGACUUUGCACCACCACCUAGACCAUCCAUCAAACCCAAGCCUGUGGCCUUGCGAUCUUCCCAAUCAACAAGCCAUCCAAUACAAGCCACCAAGUCCGAGAAUUCUUCUCGGAGUCUCACUCCUCGACUCGACCGGGAAGUAAAUUCCUCCAACAAUAAGCCGCGGACAACAUCUGCGCCUAGGCCCCCAAGAAUUGACGAACCAGCCCGCGUUUCUUCAUCAUCUGCUAUCGGUGAUGAUCUCCAUCGUGAUGUCGACCGGCUGGCCAUCUCUCAAGGAAAUAGCGAUAGUGCGAUACGACGAAAAGCCCCACCAGUCAAGCGGCAAGAGACACCAACACCACUGUCAAGCGACCCAGAGUCUUCAGAUCAGCGGACCGCAGCAAGCGACGCAGAGGACGAAGAUGAGGAAGCAGACAGUGAAUACUUGAAAAUCAUGGAAAAAUUGCCUAGGGGUGUGGAUCCCCAGGCAGCAAAGCAAAUCCUGAACGACAUUGUAGUGCGCGGCGACGAAGUACAUUGGGAUGACAUAGCAGGCUUAGAAGGAGCCAAAAAGGCCCUCAAAGAAGCAGUCGUCUACCCAUUCCUCCGUCCAGAUCUUUUCUCUGGUCUCCGCGAACCAGCUCGCGGAAUGCUCCUCUUCGGGCCCCCCGGCACAGGCAAAACGAUGCUCGCACGGGCAGUAGCCACAGAAUCCAAGUCAACCUUCUUCUCCAUCUCCGCCUCAAGUCUAACAUCCAAAUGGCACGGCGAAAGCGAGAAGCUCGUGCGUGCCCUCUUCGGGCUCGCCAAAGCCCUCGCUCCAUCCAUCAUCUUCGUCGACGAAAUCGAUUCCCUCCUCUCUGCCCGAUCAUCCGGCUCAGAGCACGAGGCUUCCCGCCGCUCCAAGACUGAAUUCCUGGUCCAAUGGUCCGACCUCCAGCGCGCAGCUGCAGGCCGCGAACAAACAAGCCGCGAGAAGAAGGAAGGCGAUGCUAGUCGUGUACUCGUCUUAGCGGCCACCAAUAUGCCAUGGGAUAUCGACGAGGCUGCUCGUCGUCGCUUCGUCCGUCGCCAGUACAUCCCCUUACCUGAACAUCAUGUCCGCGAGCAGCAGAUACGCAAGCUUAUCGGUCACCAGCACCACGAGCUGAGUGAUGCGGAUAUCCAGGUUUUGGUACAGGUGACAGAAGGCUUCUCCGGCUCAGACAUAACAGCCCUCGCCAAAGAUGCGGCCAUGGGCCCCCUGCGAAAUCUGGGCGAGGCCCUUCUACACACACCCAUGGACCAGAUUCGCGCCAUUAUCUUCCAGGACUUCGAGGCAAGUUUGUAUUCCAUCCGGCCUAGUGUAUCCCACGACGGACUCCGGAAAUAUGAAGAUUGGGCGAAAGAAUUCGGUGAGCGAGGCGGAUAG